CCUCAGUCUGCAGGCAGCUGGGAGACACAGACCAGACCAGCCCCCAGAGACUGAACAAGGUGCUGCCCCACCACCACCAUGCCGGAACUUGAGAGAAAAUCCAAGAUCACUGCCUCCCGCAAACUCCUGCUGAAGAGCCUGAUGCUGGCCAAGGCCAAGGAGUGCUGGGAGCAGGAGAAUGUGGAGCGCGAGGCCGAGAAGACGCGCUACCUGGCUGAGCGCAUCCCCUCGCUGCAGACUCGGGGCCUGUCCCUCAGCGCCCUGCAGGACCUGUGCAGGGACCUGCAUGCCCAGGUGGAGGUGGUGGACGAGGAAAGAUACGACAUCGAGGCCAAGUGCCUCCACAACACCAGGGAGAUUAAGGAUCUGAAGUUGAAGGUCAUGGACCUCCGUGGGAAAUUCAAGCGCCCUCCCCUGCGCCGGGUCCGGGUGUCGGCUGAUGCCAUGCUUCGGGCCCUGCUGGGCUCCAAGCACAAGGUGUCCAUGGACCUCCGGGCCAACCUGAAGUCCGUGAAGAAGGAAGACACGGAAAAGGAGCGGCCCGUGGAGGUGGGUGACUGGAGGAAGAAUGUGGAGGCCAUGUCUGGGAUGGAAGGCCGGAAGAAGAUGUUUGAUGCCGCCAAGUCUCCGACCACUCAGUAGAGGCCAGCUUGCCACGCUGUGCUCUGGACUCCCGCCUCACGCCUCCCCCUCCAGCCAGCUGACCCACCUCUCUGCGUCUGCCUGCAUUUCCAGAGUGCCUCCCUUUGCUCUCACCUUUCCCCUUUAGCCCGAGUGUCCUCCUCUCGGGACACACGGGAGGAGAAACACCAAUAUCUGAAGACCUCACCCUAGCAGGUGGGCACCUGGUUCCCCAGCCAGCCACCCUCUGCUCCGUGCUGCGUCCCUCCACUGCGGCUGGGACAUGUACAGUGUACCAGGCGUCACAGCCCCUCCAUUAAAAAACCCAGUCCACGGUCA